AUGUGUUUCUUGCUAGGUGCUUUAAUUUUUUUCUAUUCGAAUAUACAUUGUGACUCGCAAACAAUUGAAUACAUCGCUGCUGCUGCGAAUCCUCCGCAUGGAUGCCCCAAUUACGGUCUCUGCACUGAUGUCACCACUACAUUAGUUAGUGAAACAAACGUUUCUACUGUAUAUCAAUACGGAUGUGCUUCCGAUAAUUGUGUUUGCGUUGAUGGAGUAACUAACACAUCAACUCCAUGUGAUACAAGUAUGAUCCGAAAAGUAAAAAUUCACGGCGAGUUGAAGCGUAUGUGCCGCAAGUGCUCUCUAUUGAACAACUUACUACGUAUCGCCUGGCACUGUGCCAGCCACGCAAAUGAAUAGCUUCGCAGCCAAUUCAAACGAGCGAUUUUUCCCGCGAAAUUUAAAUGUAUUUUUGUACAUACGCUUCAGCACGCAUUGGCAAUUUAAAAUAAAAAAGUUUCAUUUUAUAGUUGUCGACCAAUGCAAAGAUGAUCCAUGCGGUUCGAAUACAUAUUUCACUUGUAUGACCGGAAUAAACAGCUUCACCUGUACUUGUCAGACCGGAUACACGGGAGCCGAUUGCAGCACGGGUAUCAUUCGCAUUUUUCGGCAAACACUGCAUUUUCUGAUAAAUCGUUUUGAAUCUAGUUAAGAUAAUUUCAUUAAUGAAUUGAAUAACGCUUAAUUCGAUUCAAAAAGUUUCAAAACUUCUGCCGCAAAAGUCUAGCAAUCGCUCUCUACCGCUCUUCACUGCUACUAAUACCGACUAAUCUUCUUACCUCCCGAGUCCGGACGCAGCUCGACCUUUACGCGUCCUAAAACGUCACUGCCACUUUUCCUUUCCACGCAAUUGUGAAAUUCGCUUUUCGCUGCAGGAGGCAACAAGAUUAAUUUGAUAGUAAUAGUGAUUGCGCAUGACGGCUGACGGCUUCUGCUGGCGCUUGCCCGUUGUCUCCUGUGAGAGUGGUAAAGAGUGGAAUGGUCUAAAAUAGGAUAUUAAAGAUUUCGCCUACCUCGGUGAACCUGAGUAUCGGAUUCAGAAACCGGUUCUGCUUGCUCUGCUUCUCCUUGCUUAAAUGGUGCGACAUGCAGUUCCAACUCAUCUUCAUCUUACAGUUGCAUAUGCGUCAAUGGAUAUAUUGGUGACAAUUGCGAAUGUUUGUAAUAGUGAGGAGAAAUUUCCACAAAUCUUAGUUGAUUUAGACAAAGACUUGUGCUAUGGAGUUAACUGUAAUAGUGGAAAUUGUUCUAUGAUUUUGGAAAAUUCUAAUUAUUAUUGCAAAUGUGAAGCUGGUUUCCAAGGAACUCAAUGUGAAUAUUCCAACGAUAUCUCCAGUUAAUACAGAAUUAUACUUAAAUUGAAAAACUAAAAAAUGUUGAAGCACCACCAACACAGGACGGAUGUUAUUAUUAUGAUACUAUUUCGAUUGGUGCAACUACAACAAAAUUUAGUGAUUCAAAGAUGACGGUUGAAAAAUGCAAUGAUUAUGCUUCAAGUUUAACAGUUACAGUAUCUUAUUUGAGUUUGUAGCGAAAUCAUCUAUUUUUUAUUAUAAUACAUUUUAAGCAAUAUGUGGUUCAUGGUGCAUAGUUAGGGACCGCAACGGGUUUCGCAAAACUCCGAAUUUCCGCAAAAUUCUUGUUGGAAUGUGUUCCCCUACUCUAUAUGAGUACGCUCCCAACUUUUUUCUCGAAAAUUUUCGGUACAUCCCGAGUUACACCCCUUCAAAGUUGGCCUGUUUUCUCCCCGGUCGGCGGUCGAGGAGGGGGCGGAGCUUUGCCAGCAAGUGCGCCGCGCGCGGUUUUUGUCCUUUUCUGACGGACCAAGCCAAAUAUGCAACAAAAAAAAUGAACAGACAUGAUGUUCUUAAAAAGCUAAACAACUUUCGAGGACAAAAGUUUUGAACCCGGCACCUCCAGACUGCCGAGCGAUCACUUUGCCACUGCGCCAACCGGGCGGAGGCGCGCCCACCGCCAUUGGCGUAGAGAAGCUCGCUGUGCGCGGCCCUUUCCAGCUGCGAAAUUAGUGCCUUUGCGGGCCGAAAUCCAUAACAUAACUGACUGUAACUUUUUUCGGGUACUAGGUAGAUGAGAAAGUUUAACAUGGAUUGGUCGGAAAUUUGAUGCUGAAUCCGAUUCUGUAAAAAUUAGCCGCGUGUAAGGUACCUGUGACCCUCAAAUCUCCCGAAAACUACAAUUUCGGCCGAUUGGGCCCUACUCAAACGAGCACAAAUCUGGUCCUAGUGGGUCUAGAGCUCUGAAAAUUUAUAUUUGGGUUCUCAUUGACUUUAUCUAUGGAUUCCAAAAAUAAAAAAGUAUGGUCAUCGCUGAAAAUUUUCCGUUAACUUUUCUGGCAGUUUGAGGAUCUGUAAAAACUUUCGGGUACUAGGGAGCCCGAAUCUGACUUCAAAAACGGAUUCCCCAUCCCUUAAACUGUCGGAAACAGUUAAAAGUAGGCGCGUGUAGCCAUAAACUUGGCCACACAGGCUCUCAGACUGACUUCCAUUUUCGUUUUCGCGGUUUUUCAAGAGAACGGUACGUUUUCACGUGAAAUGGAGUUGUUCAUUGGAUUCAGCAUGGUCGAUUACAUAAAGUAAAACUUUUUGGGUAUGGUACUUCAUUUGGGGACCUCGGUACAGACCGUCAAACACGCGCGCGCGAAAAUCGGGAGAAAAUUCGUCAGGCCACGCCCCCUUUGUUGCGCCCCCUAUGCAUAGUGACGACUUCUCCAGUUGUGAAUACCUCUGUCUCGUCAUUGGAUAGUGAUUGUCAAAAGAAAUGCGGAGGAAACAGUUCUGAGCUCUGUGGAAAGUUGAACUCUCGUUGCAUCGUUUAUGAAGUGGGGACUACAGGUUUGGCUUUGCUUUUUAAUACGGUCGUUAGUCCCAGAGGUGGGGGUCACAGAAUCAGACAGGAAGUUGACACCUUACUCAGAAAUAUACAGUAAAUGUGACCUUGGAGAGCCAGAUUCUUGAAUUCAGGAAUUCGAAAAAUAGUCAAUGGGCGGUGCGAGAUCGUGGAUUUUUCUAGUCCCGUAAUAAAUAAACAAUGCGGUGGUCGACGGUGAACGUAGACUCAUUUUUUCAACAAAAAAAAACAACAGUAACCUCCGAGCUCGGCCACCUACGUUUGACGAAAAUUCCGAUUGGGUUGAAAACACGACUUUGUGAUAAUUUUGCUGGUUUCUCAACUGCUUUCUACAAAUUUUCGCGAUACUCAGUAUUCCUGAAUGCUUUUAUUCGAUAUCGAAUAGAUAAUUAGCAGAAUGGGACAAAAAUCGUGUUGUUUGAGAUUCUCAACCAAGUGUCGGCAAUUUGGAGGAUCCAGAAGGGGAGAAGCUUGGCAGUUACGGUUGUGCCACACCAUGCAAAGAAAACAAUAACUCCGUAACAGAAAGUCGAUGCCUGAUUUACAGAACAAGACCCUGAUCCGUGCCAGAAUACCACCCUCUGUAACGCAGAUGUUGGAAACGGAAACUGCGUGAACUUGCGUGAGUCCGAUGGCAUUGGGUAUGAAUGUUUAUGUGGUGCUCUAUUCACUGGGACCGACUGUGAGACUGCUGUUGAUCCUGCUUGUUCUCCAAACCCUUGCGUAAACGGAACGUGUGUGCUGAAUUCUCAAUUUAACACUUACACUUGUGAUUGUGACGAAGGUUUCAUUGGCUCAGAUUGUCAAUGUGGGUUCACAGUAGAUGUCAGAGAAAUAAAAUAUUUUGAUGUAACAGAUGAAGAGACUUGUACUUCUACUACUUGUCUCUACGGUGGAAGCUGCGAAGAAACUAGUAAUGGAGGCUAUAAAUGUGACUGCUUGAGUCUUUACGCCGGACAGCGUUGUGAUGGUUCUCAAAAUUAUCGUAAUCCAAAAUACUUCACCUAAUAUUUAGAAAUUAAUCGCUGUAACUAUGGAGAUCCAUGUGUUUACGGUCAGUGCACAACUACUGUAAAUGGGAUAACUCCCGAUUUUGAGUGUUCAUGUGAAGCAGGAUGGUCCGGAGUCCAUUGUGAUACAAGUGUUUCCAAUUUCAAUUGCUCAUUCAAAUCAAAGUCCUUUCAGUGAUUGAUUAUUGUGAACCGAACCCAUGUGACUACAACAGUACAUGUACUCCAUUCUUUAAAGGAUAUAAUUGUACUUGUUUGACCGGACUGACUGGAACCAAUUGCAGCACAAGUUUGUUCAUUUCCACACGACAUGCUGAAACUGAAACGGAUGAGCAAAAAAUAAAUUCGAAUUUUGAGGGAAAAAUCGGUUUCUGUUUUUUGCUUGGCCGCUACGGUUGACAACGGUGGUCCGCAGAAACCACGAAAAAAAUACAAAAAAAAUGCUCAAUUUGCACUGCAAUAUCAUCACUUCAUCGCUCCUGCCUCCUGAGAAAAGCCCGCGAAGUUCAAAUGGGGCCCCGCCCCUUCAGCGUUCAAUUCUUGCAAGUAGCGCGCGCAGUUUUCGCAACGCUGCCGCACACAUUGCUCUGUACACCGAAUUCUCGAAAAUUAAAGCAGAAAAUUAUAUUUUUUUGUUAUUAAAACCUCAGAAAGAAAACACUAAAAACCGACAACAAAUGUUUUUUCACUUGUUUUUUCACUGUCGAACUGAAGAGCAAAAUGCGUGCGGCACCGUUGCGAAAACUGCGCGCGCUACUUGCAAGAAUUGAACGCUGAAGGGGCGGGGCCCUUUUGAACUUCGCGGGCUUUUCUCAGGGGCAGGAGCAGUGAUAUGAUAAGAGCUUCUCAACAGAGCGCCAUUUCUGUGCGGUGCCCGCGGUGCCCCUAUAAUAGGAUUUUGAAAAAAUUCUAAUCAAAUUGUAAUGGAAUCUUUCAACUCAGACAGCUCUGUACUUACGAAAUGCCAACAUUUAUCAAGAUUGAAAAAAAAAUCUGAUUUUCAUUUGAUGUUUUUUUCAGCCUGUAUUUUGUAUCUUUCAGUUAGGGAUGCAGAAAAGGCGCCUGUUUUUCAGCGCAAAAACGCCUGUUUUCGCAGGAGUCUGCAGGCGCCUGUUUUGCAUCCCUACUUUCAGUAAUUGAUUUAUGCGUUGGUCAGUGGGUUAAUGGAGUUUGGUUGAAAACUCCUUGUAAUUCGAAAGAUGAUGCAGCCAACUGUACAAAAGGAAUAAACACAUUUACAUGUAGCUGUAGUGACAAAUGGACCGAUGCAUUGUGCGAUUUGAGUUAGUUACAGAUGCUUGCAUCGACUUUCAGAAUAAGAUACUUCUAGAUAUUUUAAUCAAGGAUGUUCUGAUGGCCAUUUACGGAUACGUUGACUUGAAUAUGAUUUCGGUAGCCCAUGAAAAAUUUUAUUCUUUAAGAAAACGUGUUUUUCUCAGCUUUUGAAUGAUUUGAUGCAAAACCCAUCAGAGAUCAAGGACAUGGUUCCAUUCAUUACCGGGUUAUUAACGGAUAAUGAAAGAUCUGAUCUAAGUUGGGAUGUAGGUGAUCUUUUCAAUUGGGUGUCGUUUGAAGACCAAAGGCUCGAUUUAAAGUUUGCCCGAAAGUGUUACCACAUUACUUAUAAUAUUUCAUUCAGUACUAAUAUCUAUAAAUGGAAUGAUGUUGUGUUGGGAAACUGCUUUACUUUCAAUCACCGCGAUCAAAACUUCACGUACCUCAUGAGAACUUCUGGACGACAUGGAGGUUUGAACAUGUUUUUUUCAACUAUUAUGCGGCUAUUCAGCGUAUUUUGUUUUCCGUUUUUUUUACAUCGCUGAAUUGGGUUUUUUGAGGUCAAAAGACGAAAAAAAAUUUGUUUUUCACAGCCUGAAUAGCCCCAUUAUGGCGGUAUUUCACUGCAAUCGCGCUCUGUUGCGAAACUCUUUUUGCUGUUACUUCGCGGCCUAGAAAUUCUGCCAGAUUGCGAACAGAGCGCGAUUGCAAAGGAAUACCGCGACAAUAUUUAUAUUUUCUUUCGAAGGUAUUCUUGCUUUUAUGAAAACUAGACAAGACGAGUAUGCCCCAUGGUACGAUACAGCUGCCAUCAACGUAUUCAUACACAAUCGAGAAGAGUACGUGUUUUCGGAAUCCGUUCGAUAUAACGCUGAACCUAAUGCCGAAUCAACUAUCAAUAUAUUCACGGUUGACAUAAAAAAAAUAGAGAUAAAAAUUUAUCAGAAAACUUUAGACUCGUUACACCCGCCUAGGUGGAAGAUAUGGAAAGUGUGUCAGGGCAACAUCUGAAGUAAAAAAUUACUACUAUCCUGGAUCUUAUACAACAGACGUAAAUUCAACAGCGUGAACUGAAGAGAUUACAGUUUAUAGGGCUGCUUGAGGACUUGUUAUCAAGACAUGAUCCAGAAAGCUUGCGGCUGUAUGGAUCCAAGAUACCCUAAAGCUAACAAUGCCACAUCGUGCCAAUUGUCAGAGCGAAGUUGUGUAACAGAUGCAUCAGACAGUGCUGGAGAUCCUUCGACCUGGUUGACUUGUAUCUGCCCACUUCCUUGCUCGAAUCAAGAAUAUUCAGUGACUUGGAAUAAAUCUACUUUCGUAUCCAUGGUAGGGCCAUACUCGGUGUCUCACUGUAAUUUUGAAAUUAGAAACAAUAUUCUAAAUAAUUUGAUAUUUACAGCCUGUGAGUUGCUCGGUGACAAGUGAUGCUCAAGCGUGCCAGUCACAGUACGUGGACAACUUGAGGAUUUCAAUUGUACUGCCCCAACUUGACUUCAAGAUUUACGCGGAAACAGCAGCAAUGGACGUGGGUUAUUCUUUCUCUUCAACUUGCCUUCUAUGAAAUUUUUUGGAAAAUAACUUUUCACUAAUAGUAAGUACAGUUCAACAUCUUAGACACUCGUCACCGGGCGGGCGUUUUUUUACUCCAAACUCGCGAAAAAAUUCUUGGCCACGUAAACGAAGAAUCAUGCUUGGGUCACAGACCGAAUUUUUUGACACUGACGGAUUUUAGACUACGCGACCGAACUUAAUAAUUAUUCAAAUUUUCUCGUCGUUUUCGGCUGCGUAGCGACUCAGUCGCCUUUUUACAAUUGAAAUUUAAAACGUGGCAUGGCGCCAACUGCGCCGCAGCUCACGCGACGCGUGUGAUUCUGCUAUUAUAGGGGCACCGCACAGAAAUGGCGCUCUGCUGAGAAAUCUUUUUUUGCAGUGCAAAUUGAGCGACCUCGGGGCCGAGUUUGAAAAGUUAGGCCACGUUUUCAGUGGAAAAUUACUUCGCGGCCUAGAAAUUCGGCCAGAUUGCGAACAGCGCACCCUUUCUGUCCGGUGCCUCUAUAAUAACGUAGCCUUUGGAUUGCCGUGUUUUCCAUUUAGGCCUCUUUUUAUUAAAAGUGGUUCUCAAAAGCAUACUUGCAAAACAGCCUCAUUUCGGGCCUUCACGGGCCGUGUCGUGAGUCUAACUGUUGGGUGCAGACCCACAAGUUUAAAACCGUAAGCAACUGUGUGGCGCGAGCUUACACACGGCGCGCGUUCUCUGCGUCUCUCUCUCACACAUCAAUCUGAAUUGUCAUCAUUUCAGUUGGAUAGAUUUUCCCCGACCUUACACAGUUUUCGGCUGUAUUUUAAGAAUCUUAAAAAUAAAUAGUAAUAGAGUAAUUUGUGUUUUGCCUGACGAGGGAAUGGCCCGCACUUACCUUGGGCUUUUGGAAUGGGACCUAUAUGAUUCGAAAGACACGGGCCGGCAAAGCAUACGGAGGAGUGGAAAUUAUGAAGCUGUAACUUCUCUCAGAAACCUUACAUUUACCUCUGACCUGGCUCAUUUUGAAAAACCCAGUAAAAUUAAGCUCUUAUCGAAAAAUCAGAGGUCCCUAUGUUCGAUUUCUGGAAAUAUAUUGAAAAAACCGAAAGUCCUAUGUAUGAAAAGCCGGGCCGUGAAAGAGAAUUUCACGGAGAAUCCGAAUCUACUCUCCAUUUUUGCUAAAAAGCACUGGCUGCCGAGAAAAUCUGCCUGUUUCUGCCGCAUUUUCUAGCAAGUUCAUCUUCGGUGACCUGUAUCUCAAGAACCACGCGUCCGUUGCAAAAGUAAACUAGUAAGUUAACGCAAAUUAUCUCGUGAAUAACUUUGUAGUUGAUCGUCUAUUUAAAAAAAAAAUUAGUUUUCUAGUUAUCGUCGCUUUUUUCUUGUCGCUCUAAAAAACCAGUUCAUAACUCGAAAACUAAUUUUUUUUAAAUAGACGAUCAACUACAAAGUUAUUCACGAGAUAAUUUGCGUUAACUUACUAGUUUACCACUUUUGCAACGGACGCGUGGUUCUUGAGAUACAGGUCGCCGAAGAUGAACUUGCUAGAAAAUGUGGCAGAAACAGGCAGAUUUUCUCGCCAGCCAGUGCUUUUUAGCAAAAAUGGAGAGCAGAUUUGGAUUCUUCGUGAAAUUCUCGUCCGAAUCAUAUAGGUCCCAUUCCAAAAGCCCAAGGUAAGUGCGGGCCAUUCCCUAGUGAGAACACAACACUAACUAAGGAAGUACUCUGGCAAUUCGAUAUUAAUCCAAUUAGAAAGUUACUGAUCUAAACGCGACCUAAUUAGAUUUGACUGUUUUUUCUUGGCGCAAUCGAGAUUUGAGCCAGCAGACGGUUGGCGUGAAACUUGAUUUGAGCACAUAUCAAUCUAAUUAGAAGAUUUAUUAAUCUAGCUAGACAAUUUAUUAAUCUAAUGAGGUGUCAUAUCAAUCUUAUUAGGCCGCCGUAUAACUCGAGUAGACUGCGAUUUGAUUAAUAACGAAAUGCCAGAAAGUAUACUUUAUGAGUACCAUUCGGAAAUGUCUGAAAAAAAUUAGAAUGAUACUACGAAAAUAUUGGGAACAUCUUCCUUUUUUAUAGUGAAAACCUAUUUAAUAUUGAUAUUUAACGAGAUUUUUUCAGUUCAACAAGUUCCUUUCACAGCUAGGUGGACAACUUGGAGUUCUGAUGGGUAUAAAUGUAGUUACUUUCAUUGAAUGUGCUUUUUUAUCUGUUGGAUUGGCAAUGAUUUGUUGUAAAAAAUAUGAAAAAUAAAAAAACAUUUGAAUGUUAUCAAACAAUGCAUUUUUUUCCUUUCUCUCAUAGUCUCCUCUGGCAAUUCGAUAUUAAUCUAAUUAGAAAGUUACUGAUCUAAACGCGACCUAAUUAGAUUGGACUGUUUUUUCUUGGCGCAAUCGAGAUUUGAGCCAGCAGACGGUUGGCGUGAAACUUAGGCUUAGGCUUAGGCUUCGGCGAAGGCGUAAGCCUUCGUCAUUUGGUCUUAGCUUCAAAAAGUAAAACUCCAAAACCCCUCAUAUCAUAUACCAUUCGAAAGCUCGUCAAAUUUCACGAUUUUUCACUUUGCCAGAUUUUUGAUAUCGGGCUCGGCUCGGGAGUUAUGCUCAUUUUCAGACAAAUCUGGAAAUCACAAAAAACGUCAUAACUCGGCUCAAACUUAACCGUCAGCGAGCGGAUUUCGAUGGUAGGUGUGGCCAACAAAGGCGCAUCCGCCCAUAUUUUUUCCGGAAUUUUGCCACUUCACGCAACCCGACAAUAUCGGUUUGAAAUUUUGACCCGCUGCA